CCCCUAUUCUCCCUUCUUCUUCCCCUUCAGACAAGAGUUUCCUCUGUUCCAUUACUUUGUUUUGUUCUUUUUCUGUUUAAGGAUUGGAUUUUACCAAGAAAAUAUGGAUUUUGUCUUCUCGACGGUUAAGAUGGUCUCUGUUCUGGUUUUCAGUUUUGUAGCUUCGAAUGGCCUGGUGGGGUUUGGAUCAGAUGCACAACUGUUGCCGGAAGCGGAAGCUAUGCUAUGAAAGCUGAAAAUACAAUGAAAUGAGAUCUGCUAAAUGAUGGUGCAACAUGACUGCACAAUAGCAGCAAAGUGACAGAGCAUAGAGCUUCACAUGGGCUACAAGAAAUGGCAGCAAACUUCAUAAUUUUAGUCAAUGGUUUAGGUAGUUAAUAAUUAUUGUAUUAAGCAAAAAAAUAUCAUUAUUUUAUGUGUAGCCUUCCUCUAUAAAAAGGAAGGAAGAAAUUGAUGAAAAUUGAGAGAAAGAGAAAGCACGGUUUCCACUCUCCAGUUAGCUGAAUGUUUGCACCCUUCCGUGUUAUGGCUUUUAUGUUUUGUGUUAUCUUGUGUUGUUUCUGCUACAAAUAGCAAAAUAUCAAUGGAAGAAAAUGGGUUCGACCUCACCAAUUGAAGUAACUCCACAGUGACUCUUUCCUUCUCCUCCAAGUCCUCUCUCAAACCCCCUUUUAACACCAAAGCUUCAACAUGGUAUCAGAGUUGAAUUCUUGAGAGACCUGUGAGAGUUUGUUUGUUGAGGGAACACUAGAAAAAACCCCACCUUUCUCAUUGUUUUUAGACGGUUCUUCACAUGAAACCCCUCUUGCUUGGCCAAAAUCUUGCAGCAAAAAAGGCUGUGAAGAUGGAGGCAUAUGUUAGUCCCACCAUGGGAGAUGUCAAGGAGAGGAAAGCUAGAUUCAAAAAGAAGGUGUUCAUGUUUGUUUCAAAAAUCAGUCCAAAAGGCAAAUCAUGGUUGAUGGAAUGGGAAAUUGAGCACAAAAAACUCAGUUUCAUGAAUGUUUGAUGGAGAAGCAGCCAAGACCAAGCGCAAAAUCACAACUUCAGAAUGUACUGAAGCAGCAAAAGAUCCAUAGACAAAGCUGCUGCAAUGCUGGAGUUAUUGAAAAUGUUUAAGGCUCCAGAAUUUGUUAAAACAACAAAAAUCUAACGAAGAAGAAGUUGAUUUGCAGGAGGAACUGAAAUAUUUGAGAAGAUGGUACUUGGUAGCAAACAACAAACCAAACCAAAGCACAAAGAACUGAAAAUGGAAGAUGCAAUGAGCUAAAGUAAAAUUUUGUUUCUGUAGCUUUAAUGCCAAGGAGGAGUUUGUUGGAGCUAUGGCAAGAAAGCUGAAAAUACAAUGAAAUGAGAUAUGCUAAAUGAUGGUGCAACAUGACUACAAAAUAGCAGCAAAGUGACGAAGCAUGGAGCUUCACAUGGGCUACAAGAAAUGGUAGCAAACUUCAUCAUUUUAGUCAAUGGUAUAGGUAGUUAAUAAUUAUUGUAUUAAGUAAAAAAAUAUUAUUAUUUUAUGUGUAGCCUUCCUCUAUAAAAAUGAAGGAAGAAAUUGAUGAAAAUUGAGAGAAAGAGAAAGCAUGGUUUCUCCUCUCCGGUUGGGUGAAUGUCUGCACCCUUCCAUGUUUAUGGCUUUUAUGUUCUGUGUUAUCUUGUGUUUUUCUUGCUAUAAAUAGCAGAAUAUCAA